CCGGCAGGCCCGCCCCGAGAGCCGGACCUGCCAGCGCAUUGGCCGAACGGCCAGGAGGGCGGGCCCGCGGCCGCGCACUUCCGGCCGGUGUCCGGCCCGGCGCGCACCUCCCCUUCCGCCACCGCCCCCGCCAGCCCGGCCCCAGCCCCAACCGCAGCCUCGGCCCCGGCCGCCCCGGCAUCUCUUCAGAGCGCGGGGGCAGCUGACUGCGCGUUCACGACUCUCUGGGACCCGCGACCCGCCGCCGUUAUGAACAUCCGCAAUGCGAGGCCAGAGGACCUGAUGAACAUGCAGCACUGCAACCUCCUCUGCCUGCCCGAGAACUACCAGAUGAAAUACUACUUCUACCAUGGCCUCUCCUGGCCCCAGCUCUCCUACAUUGCUGAGGAUGAGAAUGGGAAGAUUGUUGGGUACGUCCUGGCCAAAAUGGAAGAGGACCCAGAUGAUGUGCCCCACGGACAUAUCACCUCACUGGCUGUGAAGCGUUCCCACCGGCGCCUCGGCCUGGCUCAGAAGCUGAUGGACCAAGCGUCUCGAGCCAUGAUAGAGAACUUCAAUGCCAAAUACGUCUCCUUGCAUGUCAGGAAGAGUAACCGGGCCGCCCUGCACCUCUAUUCCAACACCCUCAACUUUCAGAUCAGCGAAGUGGAGCCCAAAUACUAUGCAGAUGGGGAAGAUGCGUAUGCCAUGAAGCGGGAUCUCACCCAGAUGGCUGACGAGCUGAGGCGGCACCUGGAGCUGAAGGAAAAGGGCAGGCAUGUGGUGCUGGGUGCCAUCGAGAACAAGGUGGACAGCAAAGGCAAUGCACUUCCGAGCUCUGGAGAGGCCUGUCGUGAGGAGAGGGGCCUGGCUGCUGAGGAUAGUGGUGGGGAUAGCAAGGACCUCAGCGAGGUCAGCGAGACCACAGAGAGCACAGACGUCAAGGACAGCUCGGAGGCCUCUGACUCGGCCUCCUAGAGCCUACUGCAUCCCUUCCUCGCCCCACGAGCUUUCACAAUAAAUUUCACCCCGUGGCCCUGGG